AUGGUGAAGGUCGCUCUCAGUGUGGGUCUGCGGGUGUUGUUGGUGCUGAUCUUGGCCACUACCGCGGUCAGCGUCGGGUUCAGGGAACACCCUCAUAUACUUGUAUUAAAACUUUGUAUACGAGUGAUGGUGGUGGGCGGGAGAUGGGUGGUGGUGUGGACGUGGCUGGUGGUGGCCUCAGUGGACCCAGUCACGCCACAGGGGACGGACGUGUCGCCUCUCGCUCUCCCUGGCGGCCAGCCAUCGCCCCCUUGUCUCCCUUACCGGCUACCAACACACCCAUUAAUACGGUGUGAGUUGAGUAAGAGGCAGCCGUUCUACCACUGGGGAGGCAAGCGGUCACCCCAUAAGUUUGGGCUGGGUCUUCCCAUCAACUUGCGAGAAGUGUACCUAGCCCUCUUCCAAAAUGCCAGGUCUCAACCCCUGAGGCUUCAAGCUACUGAGGGAGAGCUGAAACGAGCAACAUUCAACCCUUGGGGAGGCAAGCAGUCAGAUCCAAUCCAUACUGCAAGCUUGACCUCCGAUGCCUUUAACGAUUCUCCCAGCAAGGGAAACACCUUUACGCCCUGGGGAGGGAAGCGUUCUGCUGAAUACUACUUAGAAGAUGAGAGCCCACUUGCUGUCAAAGAGGACAUUAUUCCGUAUGUUACUACAUUCAGUGAUGAAGGACAAACAGAAGAGAUCAAGGAAGGAUCCACUGCUACAUGGGGAGGAAAUCGUGUACCAUCUGUGUCUGAUGGAAAAAACGAUAUAUUGACUGAAGAAGAACCAUCAGAUUUGUUUUUAUUAAAUGAAAACUUGCCAUUUCCUGAUGUGGGUAACCUAAGGUUCAAGAGGGAAGUUGAAUCAUAUGUCAAAUCUUUGGAAAAUAUCAAAAACUCCCUAGAGGAGAAAAAAGCUGAGAGUGGCAAGUCAACACAAAAAGAUGAUCAGUCUCAAGAGUCUAAUACUUCUGAAGUAAAAAGGGCAAGAUACAGUGCUUGGGUUGGUAAGCGACCAGACCUCCAGGCUAUCCAAGAUGCAGUACGAAGACUGAAAUAUCAAGAGCCCCAAAUGGCAGAAAGAAGGGGUUUCAGUGCUUGGGCAGGAAAGAGGUCAUUGUCUACAGUAUUUUCAAACAUUAUGAGUAAAAAAGCUUUCAGUGCUUGGGCUGGGAAAAGAUCAAAUUAUGAUUUUGAACAAAAUAUCCUGAAGAAGACAAAAGUGAGCCCAUGGGCAGAAAAAUUGUUAGAUAAAGCCGAUUCGACCACAAAUGUGGCCACUGUUGAAAGUUCCCCAUUUAACGACCAGGAAAGGGCUUCUUUCAAUAAAUGGAUUGGCAAUGCCGAAAAGCGACAAGCAUUCAAUGCAUGGGCUGGAAAACGAAGUGACACUGAAGAAAAACGACAAGCAUUCAGUGCAUGGGCAGGAAAACGAAGUGACAACGAUGAAAAACGUCAUUCUUUCAGUGCAUGGGCUGGAAAGCGAAGGGAAGAUGAUGAAAAGAGACACGCAUUCAGUUCAUGGGCUGGAAAGCAAAGCAACAAUGAUGAAAAGCGACAAGCAUUCAGUCCAUGGGCUGGAAAGCGAAGUGACAAUGAAGAAAAGCGACAAGCAUUCAGUUCAUGGGCCGGAAAGCGAAGUGAAAAUGAUGAAAAACGACAAGCAUUCAGUUCAUGGGCUGGAAAGCGAAGUGACAACGAUGAAAAACGACAAGAAUUCAGUGCAUGGGCUGGAAAGCGAAGUGACGAUGAAAAACGACAAGCAUUCAGUGCAUGGGCUGGAAAGCGAAGUAAUGUUUACCAGAAACAGCAAUCCUUCAGCCCAUGGGCUGGCAAAAGAAAUUACAGUAAUAAGAAACGACAAUCUUUCAGUGCUUGGGCUGGCAAACGAAGUAGUGACAACAUAAAACGAGAAACGUUUAGUGCCUGGGCUGGCAAGAGAGAAAAUCAAAAACAGUUAAACGAAGAUAACUCCCAACAAAUCACUGACAUUCUUCAUCACCUCCACAAUCAAAAUCAUGAAUUUGUGUACAAUAAUCUCUCCAAUAACUGGGAUAAAAAUGAUUUUCCUUUUCACACAGAAGAAGAUAAAUGGCCAAAUCAACUAUCUGCCGAUAGUCAAAUAACUGAUCUACUUCUGCCACAACUGUAG